CGACACAAUUAUUUAUUAUUAUAGAACCAUCGACAAUUUUAACAACCUAAAACAUAAUAUUUGGGUGAUAUAUACACUGCUGAACAGUGUGUAAGCCCAUCUACACAUACAGUACGCUCUAGAUCUAAAUAUACCAAAUAGAUGUGCUAGCACUUACUAUAUCAUAGAAAUACGAAAAUUUUUUAAUUAGACAAUUUUGUAACUAAAAUUCAAAGGUAGUUGUAUAUCGUUCGUAUAACAUAGGUUGCUUUAUACAUUUUUCUUGUCUACAGUAAAGCGUUUCAAGCUGUCAACUGUUGAAUUGCACAACUACUUCAUACCAAUGAGUUGCGAAGGCAUUUUCGAUUUCGUCAAAUUUAAUUACAUCAUGGGAUCAAAGAGAGAUUUAUAUAAAUCUCCACAAAGAAAACGAAAGCUGUGAUACAUGGUAAGGAACGACAACAAUACUCACGCAAAUGGGACAUGAUCGCAACGCUUCAAGAUUUAACCAAUCGGAUACCGGUGGUACCGGUACAAAUAACUCAAAACAAGAUACACUAAAAGAGUGUAAUCGUCAAAUGAUACCUUUCUUCACUGAUGAGGAUAAACGUACUCUACAAGAUAUUGAAUUGUCAGAUAAUCGCAAAGGAAAUAAAUGGAAUCGCCCUGUAAGGAGUAAAAGUAAAUCUAAAUCGGCACCAUUUCCACAAUUUCACGGAAAGGAAAUUGGACUAAAUAGUACGCCCAUUGGACAUUUCCCAAUUAUCAAAAGUAAUAUACCACCAGUCGGACUCAAUGUCACCCACAGAAAGAGGGAUGUUGUACAUAAGAGGAGUAGCUCGGAUGUCAUGGAUUUGUUUGAUAAGUUUGACAGAUCCGAAAGAUACGACUUAGAUGAUGAGACUAACUCAGAUCGCCAGGGGUCGAAUUACACCAUGUCAACAACAUUUGAAACCUCAAACAAUGUAGAAUGCAGUGAAACUGCAAGUGAAAUGCAGGACUUGGAAUCAUACUGUGGCAAUGUAUUGCGAACACAAGCUCCACUAACUCCCUGGCUUAAGCAUGAGGAAUUGACAAGAUCUAUGCCAUUCGCCAGGGAAUCGCAACAGGUCAACAGAUAUAGCUACGCCAGUUCAUACCACUCGGAGCCCAAUGUAAUUACUAAUACCGAAAGUGCUGAAAAUGUGGCCAACCGCCCAAAACCGGCUUAUGCAUUUUCGAAAUAUGUAUGCUCACCAGACCCAUCGAGCUUACCUGUGCCAUGGACACAGUAAGAAACAUGAUUAAUGCUAAG